AACGUGGAAUAUCAAAAACCCGAGAGAUUUCUAGAUAAACCUCCACCCAAACACAAUCGUACGGCCUGAAUCGGAAAACCUCUCGGCUUAUCUGUUCCGACUGAAAAAAUAUGGCGUCGCCGUCGCGCGUGGAGGUGCUUACACUAUUCCGGUCGCUGCUACGGACGGCGCGUGAUUUUCCCGAUUACAACAUUAGGGAAUACACUAAGCGCCGAACAAUCGAUGGAUUUCGGCAGAACAAAGACCUCUCUGAUCCUUCUAAGGUCACAGCUGCUUUCUCCGAUGGUAGGGCCCAGCUCGAGGUCGCCAAGAGACAGGCCGUAGUUUACUCUCUCUAUGCACCAAAGGUCAAAAGCGUUAUGGAAUUGAAACAGUAAUGUUAUUCGAUUUUCGGCCUUUUUUCUUAAUAGAAUAAUUACGCGAACGUUGAAUAGUUCAGCAAUGAUGGAUGUGAAAGCCCUAGGGUUUUGUUUUUUUAAUUGUAUUAUGAAAUAUUGACUGUGAUGAGUAUUACUGCCCCGUGUAUUGUUGAUGUUCGUUAACUGAUAGUGCUCGGUUAUGUAUUUGAAAGAAUCGAUUUUCCAUAA